AUGCUCGAUUUAAAAGGGUCCUCCGAAACAGGCUGGGAAGACCAGACCGCUGUCAAGCAUGAAGACAAUACCCUCCAGCCAACAGAAAGUCUGGCCGAACCCCAGAUCGCAGAGAUGGAGGAGAACAGGAACGGAAAAUUCCACCGUUCCUUCUCCCCGCGCCAAGUCCAUGUGAUCUCCCUUGGAUCAAACAUCGGCAGUGGAGUUUUCAUUGCGACUGGUAAAGCUCUGGCAACUGGUGGACCAGGUAACAUGAUAAUUGCAUAUACACUGGUCUGCACUUGUGUCUGGGGUGUUUUGCAGUCGCUUUCUGAGAUGACUAUCGCCUUUCCUGUUUCUGGGAAUUAUAUCGACUAUGCCGAUCGUUGGGUUGAUCCGGCGUUGGCUUUUGGGGCUGGUUUUGCGGAAUGGCUUGGUUGGACGUCAAUUGUAGCGGCCGAAGCUGGAUUCUUCAGUGUUCUUAUCUCGUACUGGGCUGGAGACUCUUUUCCUAUGGCUGCAACUAUCACCCUUUUCUGCGCCGCGACUCUGGCCAUCUUUCUCCUUCCAAACAGAGCUUUUGCCUGGUUCGAAUAUGUGACCUCUCUCAUCAAAAUCUUGAUCUUCCUAAUCAUCAUCAUCCUUUCUCUGGCCCUUAUUCUAGGCGCUGGGCCGAAGGGCUAUAUACACCGCGGGGAAUCAUGGACAGAAUUCAACCCGUUCCUAAAUGGCUUUGCAGGAUUCUCAACGUGCGCCUUGCUUGCCACAUGGGCUGUCGGUGACCAAGUUUUCAUCGGAAUUAUGGCCGGUGAAGCUGAGAGUCCACGAUUCUCAAUGGCUCACGCAACAAAGUUGGUCCCGGCUCGAGUGAACUUUAUCUACAUUACCAGCGUGAUUUUUGUGACGAUUCUGGUGCCUUCCAAUGAUCCACGGCUACUAGGUGCAAGUGCAGUUGCCGCUUCGCCGUUUAUCAUCGCGGUUGAAGAUGCCGGUAUUCCUGGAAUUGGAUCUCUGUUGAAUGCCGGAAUGAUGUUUGGAGUUCUUGCCAUUGCUGCGGAAUCCGUCUACCUCUCUUCACGGGUUUUGAGAACCAUGGCGCAUCAGAAGUUGAUUCCGGAGCGUCUUGCCGGGGUGGAUGAUAAGGGGCGCCCGAGAUUGGCCUUGAUUAUUACUUCUGUCGUCGCUGUCAUGUUGGCUUAUAUCCAACUUUCAGCUGGGGGCUUGACGGUUUUAAAUUGGCUCGUCUCAAUCACGAGCGCCUCAUUCUUCACCAAUUGGAUCAUUAUUUCGAUUACCAAUUGGCGAUUCCAUCUCGCGCUGAAAGCGCAGAAUGACCCGCUAUUUAACGAGGUAUACGCUUGGAAGUCUUCGCUGUGGCCACUUGCACCAGCUUGGCUGAUGUUGAUCUCCCUGUUGUUGCUGGUGUGCUGUAUUUAUGCCGGUGCCCAACCUACUGGCGGCGCUCCUUUUUCAGCGAACAACUUUUUCCAAUACACAAUCGGACUUAUUCUCAUCAUCGUCGCCACCGCUGGGUACAAGAUUGUCUUCAGAACGCCGUGGAGAGAUACAAAGACGGCAGACUGCAUUUCUGGUCGUCGGACCCUGAGUUCUGAUGAGCUAGCUAUGCUGGACAAGUACUAUAAUCAGCCUGCGUGGAGGAGAUUCUUCACUUACCUUCAGCUGUGGUAG